CACGCUCCCCCCGCACGUGAAAAACUCGCCAAGUUGAGGAACCCCAAAGGGAUAACAUCUUUUGCCCCUUUUUUGGAACCCCCGCUGGAAGGACUGCGCAUCCAAAAUGGGGGGAGACGGAGGCAGCUUGCCCCAGCGGGUGGACCUGGUUCGAAUGAAACACAAGAGGCUGAAUGAAAGCACGGGGAGCCUGGGCUACGGCAAAAACACCCUCGUGACGCUGAACCAGUGUAGGAGCAACAAGAAGGAGCUGAAGGAGCAUUACAUGACUCACUGCGCGAUUUCGCAGGAAUCGCUGAAGGAGCCCUUCUUCUGCUGCCGCCGCGGCUACCUCUACAACACGGAGCACAUCCUGAGCCUCAUUCUGGCCAGGCAAGGCAAAAAGAAGAAGAAGCGAAAACUGGAGGACCCCCACUACGAAGCGUUUUCUCACAUCGGGUCCCUCAAAGACUUGGUGCUCUGCAAAAACAAGUUGAAUGAGGAGCACAAGCUCGUCUGCUCCAUCUCGAACGAAAUUAUUAACCCCUCCUCUGGGGCCAUGUGCCUCUUCUCCUGCGGCUGCGUGUUUUCCAAGAAGGUUUUCAGCCACGCGAACAUCGCCAAGGAAAACGCCUGCACAGCGUGCAACACACAAUUCAAACCCUCCGACGUGAUCGAAAUUGCAAACGUGGAGCAGCCCCUCAUCGGGAAGAAAAAAAAAAAGAUGAAGACAAAAGGGGAGCAAGGGGAUAAGGAGGAAAGGAGCGACAAGAGCCAAACGGGGAAGAAGCUACACACGGGUGAGAAGCUCCACGGGGAGCACAAGGAACAGGGCCCCAACAAGUGA